GAAAAGCUGCAAGUCCAUGCCUAGUAAAAGAAAGAAAAUCAUUAUAACCUGUAGUGCAAUUGCAGGGGCAGUAAUUGGGGUAGUAAUUCUUCUAGCCGUGUUCAGGCUUGGGAUGGAAAGGAGAACUGUAAACGAUAGGGAUGAUGAUGUGAGUAUGAUUUCAUAUCAACGGUUAGAAUUCAAUAAAUGGGAGGUACUGGCAGGUCUAAUAGAUGAGAACUUGGUUGGAAAUGGAGGUUCAGCAAAAGUAUAUAAAGUGAUGACAAGGAGAGGCCAGAUUCUUGCAGUUAAAAGCAUACGGCACCAAGUAAUGCAAGGCCACAUGCUGGAGAAACAGUUCCUUGCAGAGGUUAAGAUCCUAGGAGGAAUCAGGCACAACAACAUUGUGAAGCUGUUAUGCUGCAUCACAGGGAAUACCACAAAGCUCAUAGUCUAUGAAUACAUGGACAAAGAAUGCCUUCACAAAUGGUUGCAUGGGAAGAGGAACCAAUCCAUGUCUGUUGAGAGUUCUACCCAGUGGGAAAGAAGGCUGAAAAUAGCCAUCGGAGCUUCACAAGGGCUCUGCCAUAUGCACCACCACUGCCAUCCACCCAUUGUUCAUCGAGAUAUCAAGUCUAGUAACAUACUCGUGGACUCCGAAUUCAAUGCCAAGAUUGCAGAUUUUGGACUGGCAAAGAUGCUUGCAAGUCAAGGAGAUCCAGAAACCGCAUCCGCGGUUGUGGGGACUUUUGGUUACAUUGCCCCAGAUAUGUCUCCCCUAUUUUGACAACUUCAAUUCCUACUUAUAAAUAUUCUCAUAAGUUCAACCAUUUUCCUCACAAAAUUUCUUUUGAUAUUGUAGCCACUUUUCUCUUCUUUCUAGCCUAUAUAGCCACGAAAUUUUAAGUCAUUUUACUCUUAAUAUAUCCUCCUAUCAAGUCAUAAGAGAGUUGUGAAGUUCUUGCUCAAAGAGUUAUUUUAUCCUAACAAACAUGUGUUUUGAUUCGUUUAUAAAAGAGUUUUUGGAACCGUUCUUAUUGUUCGUUUACUUCGUUGGAGAGCUUUAUAAAGUUUUGUUUGUGUCAAUCAAGAGCUUUAAAUUCUGCAUAAAGUCUUUGUUUAAAUCAAGUUGGUAGGCUUUUUUGCAUCGUAGAACUUUUAACUUAUUUCCCCAAAACUGCAGAGUAUGGGAGAACAAGAAAAGUGAACGUAAAGAGCGACGUAUAUAGCUUUGGUGUAGUCCUAUUGGAAUUGACGACCGGUAGAGAAGCUGUAACUAGAUAUGAAGAAGUGAACCUGGCACAAUGGGCCCACAGACAUCAAAGAGAGGGGAACUCGGUUGUGGAUGCCCUCGAUGAAGAGAUCAAGGGUCCACGUCAUCUGAAGGAAGCAACCACCGUUUUUAAAUUAGGCCUUGCGUGCACCUCAAUAUUGCCUUCAAGAAGGCCUUCCAUGAAAGAUGUUGUGCAUAUCCUGCAAAGAUGCAAUGAGAACGAUCAAUCUCUCCCAAGGGAGCUGAUGUAGAAUACGGACUGAGGCAUCAUGA